GCCAGAAGGCUACCUGUACGACAAGGAAUGCAUCCUGGAGUACAUCAUCAAACAGAAGGCAGACAAUGCACGUCUCCUGAAGGAGUACGAAGCCGAGCAGAAGAGAGAGGCUAAAGAACUGCAAGAGCUGGCCCUUGCAGAAGAACGUUCCAGAGCGGAAUCCUUUGUUUGCAAGGAGCGUACCAUUGUGAGCUGCUCAGCAUCGACGUCGUCUUCAGUGGGUCCAAGUGUGUCCAAUAUGGUGAAUGGUAAGGAUGCUCAGCUGCCGAGCUUCUGGGUGCCUAGCCUGACACCGAGUGCCAAGAAGGACAAAGCUGCCAAGCCUAGGAACGUUGUGCUUUGCCCCAUGAGUGGAAACCCAAUCAAAGCCAAGGACCUGAUUCCGAUCAAGUUCACACCUGUUGUGGACCCUGAUGAGAAGGCAUCCCUCAUUACCAAAAAGGCACGAUACAUGUGCGCCGUGACGCAUGACAUCCUCGGCAACUCCGUGCCUGUGGCAGCACUGCGGACCUCGGGUAACGUGGUCACAAUGGAGUGUGUUGAAAAGCUGCUCAAGAAAGACUGGGUUGACCCCACCAACAGCAAGCCACUCAAGGAGUCUGACAUCAUUCCUCUGCAAAGGGGUGGCACUGGCUAUUCAAGCACCAACUUCACUCUUGAUGCCAAGGUAAAGAAACCAGUGAUGACUGUGUAAGUCCGGAGCAUGGACAUGUUUGGCUUCAUUCA